UUGAGGCGGAAGUAGUCGUUGGCGGCAAAUAAGGACGCUGACAGGCAUUCUCUAACAAUGAAUGUUUUUUUUUUUUUCUCCUUUUCCUCCAAUGACCAGGGAGUUGAUUACCUUAUUUUGCGACAGUAAAAGCUAAAAGUUUCUUGUAACAUUUCGAGACCAAUCAUGCCUUCAUUAACUUUGGACGGAGUGAGAGUGGAGUUUCCCUUCACCCCGUAUGAAUGUCAGAAGGACUACAUGAUGAAAGUUAUUGAAUGUCUAAAGAACGGGGUUAAUGGAAUCCUGGAGAGUCCCACAGGCACUGGGAAAACAUUGUGUCUGCUAUGUGCCACCUUGGGAUGGAGGGAGCACUUCAAAGAUGGCAUCCUGGGACGUAUAAUAGCAGAAAGGUUGAAGGAGAACAAUACCUCAGCUGAUAAUUUUCCAGAAUCUUGGGGGGCAUCUUCAGAAGAUGGUUCAAUGCCAACCUCCUGCUCUGAUGUCCCCAAGAUCAUCUAUGCAUCACGGACACACUCGCAGCUAACCCAAGUUGUUAAUGAGUUAAAGAACACAUCAUACAAACCUAAGGUGUCUGUGUUGGGAUCAAGAGAGCAGCUGUGUAUCAAUCCAGAAGUGAUGCGACAGGAAAGUAACCAUCUCAAGGUCCAUUUGUGUCGAGCGAAAGUCUCCACAAGGUCGUGUGUCUUCUACAACAACGUUGAAGAGAAAAGCACUGACAAAGGAUUGGUGGAGCAAAUUGUGGAUGUGGAAGACCUUGUCAAGUUUGGCAACAAACAUAGGGCUUGUCCGUAUUAUCUCUCACGUGCUUUAAAACAGCAGGCUGAUAUCAUUUUCAUGCCGUAUAACUACCUGCUGGAUCCCAAGAGCCGCAGAGCUCAGAGCAUCGACUUGGCUGGAUCUGUUGUCAUCUUUGAUGAGGCUCAUAAUGUAGAAAGGACGUGUGAAGAGUCAACAUCAUUUGACAUGACGCCAUAUGAUCUAGCCUCAGCCAUUAAUGCGCUUACCAGAUUGUUAAAUGACCAUGUUCAAGAAGCAAGUUUUGCGGACACUUCGUCUCAAGGUUUAAAAACAGACAUCCAAGUUGUUGCUAAACUCAAAGAGGCUGUGUUGAAACUGGAGGCAGCUAUUGAAUCCUUUGAGGUUUCGGAAGACAAAGGCAUUACAAGACCUGGAAUUUUCAUAUAUGAGCUGCUCGAGAAAGCCCACUUGACAUACGACACCAAAGAGGCUAUGUCUGAAGCUCUGGAGCAGAUCAUUGGAUAUCUAGCAGGACAGCCAGGGAUAUUCCUCAAUACGAGCGGCUUGCAGAAGCUCUUGGACAUCAUACAGUUGGUGUUCUGUGGUAAAGAAUUAGCACAGAAAGAUCGGCAAAUGGUCAUGGAAACCAAUACUGCUCAUUUUAAGGUUCACAUCCACAAAGACACUCAGAAGAAACAAAAAAAUGGUGACCCAUGGGCUUCAUCAACAAAGAAACCAGGAAACAUUCUGAGUUAUUGGUGUUUCUCUCCGGGCUUCAGCAUGCAGGACUUGAAGAGUCAAGGUGUUCGCUGCAUCAUUCUGACCAGCGGUACCCUUUCUCCCCUGAGCUCCUUUGCGUCAGAGAUGAGGAUACCCUUUUCUGUGUCUUUGGAAAACAGCCAUGUGAUUGAGCGGGAUCAGAUCUUUGUUAGUGUCAUUGACCAAGGUCCUGAUAGAGUACCAUUGAGUUCAGCAUUUGAUAGAAGAUUUAAUCCUGAAAACAUGUCAUCUUUAGGAAACACUGUGGUAAACCUGACCCGGAUUGUACCCAAUGGUCUUCUCUUGUUUUUUCCCUCCUUCUACUUGAUGGAUAAAACUUUGGAGUUCUGGAGAGACAAAGGACACGCAAAUCAGAUUGAAAGUGUAAAGCCAAUAUUUGUGGAACCAAAAGGGAAGGGAGCUUUUGCUGAGGCCAUCGAGGGUUAUUACACCAAAGUGAAUGACUUUCAAUCAAGAGGCGCAAUCUUUGCUGCAGUGUGUCGGGGGAAGGCUAGCGAAGGUCUGGAUUUUACAAAUACCUUUGGUCGUGGCGUUAUAGUCACCGGACUCCCAUUUCCGCCGAAGAUGGACCCGAGAAUCAUUUUGAAGAUGCAGUUCUUAGACGAGAUGAACCGAAAGCAAUUAGCGGUACCUGGCCAGAAGCUCCUUACAGGGCAGGAGUGGUACAGAGAGCAGGCUUUCAGAGCUGUCAAUCAGGCUAUCGGCAGAGUCAUUCGCCACAAGGACGACUAUGGAGCCAUCUUCCUCUGCGAUCAGAGAUUUAAAAGCAGAGAUGCCCAAUCUCAGCUUCCAUCAUGGGUGAGGCCCUAUGUGCGGUCUUAUGACAAGUUUGGGAACAUUGUUCGUGAUGUCUGUCAGUUCUUCAGGGUUGCGCAGAAAAUGAGGCCUGUUUUGGAGAAGAAUCCUGCGCCCGAUCCCUCUGUGUUUCCUGCAGGCAGUUGUCAGUCAUCAGUUCCUCAAUGCUCUGCUGCGACUUCUUACGCAGCCUGCAAAAUGCCGUCCAUUCAAAAGGCCAAAAUGCUAGACGUACACACUUCCACUCUAAAAAGGAGGAGAACUGAUGAAGAUACCGAAUAUGCUAUUUUUAAACAGUAUGGGGUUCAGACUCAAAAGAGUAAAAUCAAACCAACCAACCUGUUUGAGGCCCUUGAGCGAGUAGAGCGCCAAUGCGAAUGGAGAGGUGCUUUUGGACAAGCGAUGCAAAGCAAUUUGUCCACACUUUCGCUUCAAAACGACAAGAGAAUGGAAGAGAUGAUGCGUGGAGGCAAACGCAAAAUCAAUUUGGUCCAAGAACAGCCAAGUGUUUCUGGCUUGGCUCCUGGAAAUAGAAAAACCAGCAUCGCGAGGUGCUUUCUGGUAGACUUAAAAUCAUCAUUGAGCGAGGUCAACUUUGAGCAAAUUCACCAGGCUCUGCAAUCCUACAAGCAGAAUGACAAUCUGGACAAUCUGCUGUCCGGCACAUCGCUGCUAAUCCACGACCCUCAUACUUAUAGACUUUUCCGGGGUUUAUACCCCUUUGUGCGACCACAUCACAGGAAGGCAUUUGACGAGAAAUGCCGGGAGCUGACUGGUACUAGUUGUGGCUACGAAGCGAAACACUCGAUACGCAAAGACGAAAAGAGCUCAGGGGCGUCACAUAGUGCAGGUGACCAACCCACUGAAGCGAAGCUGGAUGAAGAGCAACCCAAACUGGAAGAAGAUAAAGAAACUGAGACCGCAGAUGAUGAACUACAAAGGAGGAACCGGGCUGUAUUUCUGGCUGAUAUGAGAAGAGCACUCGGUCCAGAUGGAUCAGUUCAACUCUAUCGAGCUAUUUACGCCUACAAGAUGACGGACAACUAUGAAAAUUUGGUGACUACAGCCGUACCCUUAUUAACAGAGAAAGAUGAAGACUUCAGCCUUCUAAUCAAAUUUACCAAUGUCAUUCGCCCUCACCAUAAGAAGCAGUACAAAGCGAUGUUGAAGGAGUUGAUGGGUCUAUCUGCUAACACUGAUCCUGGUUCAAGAGAGCAGACAGAAACUGAGAACAGGCAAUCAACUGCAUGAUUUUAUUUACAAUAAGUUACUAUUGCACCCUUUCCAAAAGAUUUCAGUUUCCUUGGAAAACUUUUUUUGUAUAUACUGUACAGUGUGUUCAGUAAUGUGUUAUGGUUACAAAACUGUUGUGGAGGUUUUUUUUCAAUAAAGGGAACAUUUAUAAAUAUUA